UCCUUCGGGUACUUUGGCUGGUCGACCAGCCUUACAGACGCUGCGAGCCGACCCAGCUUUGAGGAACACACACACACACUCACACACACAAUCACACAUACACGCACGUAUUUGCCUCGGUGAUAAAACGAAAACAUUCCCUUAACUCAACCUUUCAAUCCUCGACCGCUCGAAGACAAAACACACACAACUUCUAUUUCGCGUCCUUCAUUCCCACAGACCGCGGGCAGCAACCAUGGCCGACACCGUCCCCAACAACGGACACGACGCGCUGGACGAGACCCUCACGCGACUCUCCAAGAAACCCGGCGUCAAGGCGACCGUCAUCCUUGACCGAGUCACGGGCGCGAUCCUGCGAACAAGCGGCCAGCUUUCCUCCUUUAACGCUGCGACCCUGGCGACGGGGCAGGGCUCCUUCUCUGGCGAGGGCGCCGCCGGGCAGCAGCAGCAGCAGCAGAAUGGCGAAGAGCAGCCGCAGGGUCUGGAGGAGUUCGCAGCCAAGGUCUGGAACUGGGUUAAUGCGUCGGGCACUCUUGUGCUGGAUCUGGACACCGAGGAUGAGCUGAAGCUUCUAAGGCUACGGACGAAGAAACAGGAACUCGUCAUUGUUCCGGACCCGAAGUACCUUCUCAUCGUGGUACAUGACACACCGCCGGCUUGAGAGAACCCGAAGCCCAACUAUUUAUGACGGGUUCUGUCAGCUUCUCACGAACCCUACCUCACCGAGUAAUGCGCUCCAUAAGAACACGCAUUACUGCUGGCCGGGUGGCAUAUAUAUUGGCUUCUUCGAAGUUAUCAACCACACAAGAUGCACCAGGUAAACUGGAGCUUGCCCGAGCCACAGGCCUCUCUCACUUUUGCGCGCGCGCACACACAUGCAUUAAUACGCGCGUAUGUAAAGAUUCAAGGCGGGCUGAUUUGACAUGGACGCCUGAGGUGACGCGAGCGAAUGAUACCCCGAAAUUACCAUGCACUACUUCUAUAAACACACAGGUCCAGAACGAUACCGGAUCGGCUGUGCGGCGGGCGCGUCGGGCAACUUGAGUCUAAUAUGAAAUACAAUUCUAAAAUUCAAAUUAAGAAAAAAAAGCUAAGAGGCCGAAGUCAUCUCGUUUCGCGAGAUAGACAGACUGCC